AUGGCCAACCACACUGAUGCGGAUUUCAUCCUGAUGGGACUCUUCAGACGAUCCAAACAUCCAUGUUUCUUACUUGUGUGGUUGUUUUUGUGGUUUUCUCUGAUGGCAUUGUCUGGAAAUGCUGUCCUGAUCCCUUCUGAUACACUCAGACACCCACUCCACACCCCCAUGUACUUUUUCAUCAGUCAAUUGUCUCUCAUGGACAUGGUGCAUAUUUCUGUCACUGUGCCCAAAAUGCUCCUGGACCAGGUCAUGGGUGUGAAUCAGAUUUCAGCCCCUGAGUGUGGGAUGCAGAUGUUCUCUAUCUGGACACUAGCAGGUUCGGAAUGUUUCCUUCUAGCCGCCAUGGCCUAUGACCGCUACGCACAUCUGCCAUCCUCGCUCCGUUACCCUGUCCUCAUGACCCAUAGGGCGUGGGUCUUCCUGGCAUCGGGCUGCUGGCUCCUGGGCUCAGUGGAUGGCUUCAUGCUCACUCCCAUCACCAUGACCUACCCUCUGCGGAUCCCGGAGAUUCAUCAUUUCUUCUGUGAAGUCCCUGCCAUAACGGUCCUGUCCUGCUCGGACAUCUAUGAGAGCCUCAUGUACCUAUGCUGUGUCCUCAUGCUCCUCAUCCCUGUGGUGAUCAUUUCAAGCUCCUAUUUACUCAUCCUCCUCACCAUCCACAGGAUGAACUCAGCAGAGGGCCGGAAGAAGGCCUUUGCCACCUGCUCCUCCCACCUGACUGUGGUCAUCCUCUACGGGGCUGCCAUCUACACCUACAUCCUCAGCUCCUUCCACACCCCUGAGAAGGACAUGAUGGUAUCUGUCUUCUACACCAUCCUCACUCCGGUGCUGAACCCUUUAAUCUAUAGUCUUAGGAAUAAGGAUGUCAUGGGGGCUCUGAAGAAAAUGUUAACUGUGAGAAUUGUCCUUUAG